CGCUGCGCGUGACGCGGAUCACAUAACCCACUGUCAACAUCCAGUAUGGCUGACGGGGACAGCCAGAGAUGUGUGAGCGCUUUAUUGAACGGAAUCACUCAGAGACUUUAUUACGGUAAUACAGAAAUCACAGAGGAGUUUUUGAAGAAUGAGCUCUACGCCGAGAUGACGCAGGACGAGUUCCGCGCGCUACAUGACAAGAUGAGGUCGCUUCUGAAGUCCAUCGCAUCAGCGGACAUGGAUCAGACGCAGCUCGAAGCUUUCCUCACGGCGCAGACGCGUAAGCAGGGUGGAGGUGGUGUGACUCCAGAGCAGGCGGCCGCUCUGGCGCGCUUCUGGAAGGCCCACCGGACGCGGGUGCGAGAGAGUCUGUUGGCUCAGAGUCGCUGGGAGCCUGGCCUCAGGGGCCUGAAGUGGAGAGUGGACCUGCACACAUCCGCCAGCAGGGGGCAGGUGUCCAACAGCCCUGUGGCACUGGUGGAGUUAGAGCUUGGCCGCACUGGAGAGACAUGUCCUGGAAAAAUGAAGUCACACCACUCUCUGGGGUUUCAAAUCGGUAGGUAGUUGUGGCAUGUUGGGUGUUUGUUCAAAGAUGUGUGUGGUGAAAAGUAUGUGUGCAGCUUAACAUCUGUAAGCCUCAGCUAAAGUUGAGACCGCUUGAGCUAAAAUAAUACUGAGAGUAUUUUAAGAUUUUUAAAUUAAGAGAUGUUAACAAAUAGCAUACUGUAGUGAAAUGAUUUUGCAUCAUUGAAUGAGCAAAGAUCAUGUUGUUUUUAUGAUCUUUAAACAAAUUAUUAGUAUCAACAGCAUUGCAUGUUAUUGCGUGUGCGUUAACUACCUGCCAGACAAGUGUUGAAUAAGUACUAGAUAAUGCAAAUUGAAGAUCAAAUGAGAAAAGUUGCUGCCAAGAAGAUUUCUUACCAGAAGCAAAGUUGUAUUUAGCAUAUUUAUAUUAAAAUUAAAAUCUGUUGAUUGACAGAUAUUCAGAGAUCUUGAAUAAUCUUCUGUAACUGCACAGCUGUGAACCAUUUCUGCUUUCCAUGACAGUCUUCCUAAAACUACAUUGAAUAUCUAUGGAAAGCAUAAAUUAAUAAUUAUGAAGAGACAGUACUGCUGUGUAAGUGGAAAAACACUCUCAAUGUAUUGUCUUUACCCCUUGGGGUUUGGUUAUUAAUUAUGUAUUAAUAAUAUAAAUUAGAGCUGCACGAUUAAUCAUAUCGCAAUCGCGAUGUCAAGCUUGUGCGAUUAUAUGACGCAAAAUGCUGCGAUUUUAUGAAAUAAAAAUAAUAAUAAUAAUUUAAUAAAUAAAUAAAUACAUGUGUGGACACGACAACCCAUUCUCUGAGAGCCGUUUGCCCAUUUUAUACACCGCUAACAAAAAGAAGACCUUUCAGUUUAAGCAGUGGCACGUGUGGCGCGCAUGGUCAUGUCAAGACUAUUUCCAGUGUGCAGCGCAGAGAACAGGUAGAUGGAUGCGGAGCAAACGGUCACUGAACUGGUGGCAAGAAAAAAUGCUACCUCUGUAUGGUAGCAUGGCGAUAUUUUGGCUAUAAGAUUAUAAACCCAGAUUAGUAGUGGUUAAACGGAUCGUUGUUGAUCCGUGAUCCGUACGGACCAAGGCCCACGGUUCGGGACGCAUGUGUUUCGCGGAUCAAUUGCAACUUUAACCGCAAUAGAGUGAAAGGUUAUCAUUUGAACGUGUUUGUCUUGCUAGUUUACACAUUAAAUAGAUAUAAUAAAACCAUUCCAGCGCGCUAGAAGAGG